ACAAGUGCAAGGAUGGGUUUCUAGCAAAUCUACAAAAUGUUUCACAGAUGAUGUCCACGUCUUGCUCCUUCUAAACCCACCUUCCUCACUCAUUGUUCCAUCUUCAAUGAAUGGUUCUUUUCCUAUGAAAAAUAUAGUUACUUCGCUGGGGUUGUAACAACGUGACCUGUCUCCUCACGCAAUAUGUAACAUGUCCACAUUCCGGGUAUGUCGAUCCCUGCACAAAACCUUGCUUAUGAUCUAUUAAACAACAGUCUCUUCGGUACACAGAUUAAGACAGAUUUAAGUACAUCGAUAUUUCAACCUCAGUUAAAGUGGAUUGCAGAAAGAGGGUUAACAUAGAUGAUGGGUCAAAACAUGCUCAGCUUUCCUUUUUUGUAGUGAGAUUUUCUGUUCUUGCAUCUUCUCCGGUGCCUCUCUCGAUCGGCAGAGCAAUUAACUGUCCCAUUGAGUGUCAUGAAGAAGAGUUCUUCGUCUUCUUUCCAGAACUUGGGUUCUUUCCCGAGUCCAGGGGCACCAUAUUAUAGAGAGAGAAACGUUGGGAGCCAAAAGGGGUGGAGCUCAGAGAGAGUUUCAAAGGCUUCAAGCAGCAGCGGCAUCAGUAGAAGGCACACUAUGGCAGGGUUGAUAACACCUUUCAGUGGUGGAAGAACAAUGCCCUCCAAAUGGGAUGAGGCUGAGAGGUGGAUUUCUAGUCCAGCUUCUGCCUAUGCUGAGAGCAGAAGUUCGCACGCACAACUUCAGCGCAGACCCAAGUCAAUAAGUGGCCCAAUUGUGCCUCCUGGAGUUGCUGCUUUCUAUUCAAAUUACUCACCUGUGGUUCCACUGCGCCAAGGGUUGGUUGUCAGAAACUUGGUAGUGGGUUCUCCCUUCUCAACUGGGGUGUUGGCACCGGUUGCUGUUUCUGUUCACCAUUAUGAUCCACAUGAUGCCACUGUUUUUGGUUAUGACAUGGACAAUGGGAUACAGUUUUCCACUCCUGUGCUCACCGAGAAUGGUGUCGUGCUUUCUUCAUUGCCCACUGCACCCACCACGUGUUCUGAACUGCCAUGUGAUCAUUCAUCUCCUACCUCUCAAGAUGAGAAACAUGAUGAAAUGAUGAAUGAGGAAAAUGGAGCAUCUAAUUUGUCAAGAUGUGACAAAGGUACCCAAAUGAGCCCUGCAGAGACAGAGAAUGAUGCACAUUCAUCUCCUAUGUCUUCUACUGCCACUUCAGCUGUGGAUCAACAAGAAUGCCAUUCUUCUAAAUUAGUGGUCAGAGAUGUGCAAGUUGACAGUCAAGCUACUAUUAUCAGAUGGUCCAAGAGGCAUGCAACCAAAUUGGCAAAAAAAGACUUACUACACAGCAAAGACUCGACAGAGAUUAGUGCACAACCCCAGGCUUCAUGUUGGGAAAUUGACGAGCAAAACAUAGACAAUUCCAAGUUAAAGAGAGAGGAAGCCAAAAUCGUUGCAUGGGAGAAUUUGCAGAAAGCAAAGGCUGAAACUUCUAUAAGGAAACUUGAGAUGAAAUUAGAAAAGAAGAGAUCUUCAUCAAUGGAUAAGAUUCUAAACAAGUUGCGAAGAGCACAGUUGAAAGCUGAAAAUAUGAGAAGUUCAAUUCCUGAACAGCAGGGCCAAGAGGUUUCCAAGUGUAGAGUAUUUUCGUUCUCCAAAUAUGCACCGAUGUGGUCUCCAGGCAGUUGUUUCGGCAGCAAUGCUCAGUGAUCGAUCCCAUGUAAAAUCCUAAGUCAUGAAGGUUUUGACCAGUUUUUAAAAGAAUAUAUUCUACAUUUGACUUAAUGAGAAUUUGAUGGAAUUCAUUGUCAUGUGUUAGAAAACCUUACACCAUUAUUUGGACCUAGGUACCCAUGUAUUCUGUGUAAAUAAAAACCAGUGGUCGCGGCCAACUUUCUUCUUUCAA